UUGGAGCAUCUUUAUACCUUCAUUCUUCAGUUUCCCUCUGCCGAAGUUCUCGUGUAUCUCGCUAUUGGCGCCUUGUUUGUUCUGAACCUAUGCUAUGGCGAACGCUAUGCCAAUUACCACGUGAAUUUCGUCUCUGUUCUGCGGAAGCAGAAUCAUCGCAGUUACGAAGCCACACGUCCGAAUGUGGUACAGUUCGAUGGAAAGAAGCGUUCUCUGAACGCUACAGACUUUGGAGAAAUUGGCACGCAGGACGUUGUGUCGUGCGCACAUUUUACGGGUCACACUCAAGGAAUUACAUGUGUACAAUUUGAUGACGAUAGAAUCGUUAGUGGUUCUUCUGACACCACAAUACGUAUUUGGGAUUUGAGAGGGUCAAGUGAUGUAGGGAAUCUCGGAACAAUGGCGUUGAACGGUCACUCCGCUACCGUUCGUUGUCUCGAUUUGAACGGAAACGUGUUGGUAUCUGGUUCUAAUGAUUUUUCAAUCAAAGUGUGGAAUGUCGAUGUUAAUCCGAGAUGGUCUUCCAUCGGAUGCCGUAUGACAAUGCUUGGUCAUUCAAAUUAUGUCAGAUGUCUACAGAUGGAUCAUGAACAUUUAAUAAGUGGAUCAUAUGAUAUGCAUUUGAAGUUAUGGUCGCUGAAUACUGGAGCUUGUGUGCGAACACUUGUUGGCCAUAACGACUCAGUGCUAUGCGUACAGUAUCGUGAUCGUGACUCAUUAGCUGUUUCUGGAUCGGCUGAUAAUUCCAUCAAGUGUUGGGAUACAAGAACGGGAAGGCCAGAAAUGACGAUACACAAUGCGCAUGAUAACGCGGUCACAUGCGUUCGUUUCGAUGAUCAUCGAAUCGUUUCUGGUAGUGUUGAUAGGAUGAUAAAAAUGUGGGAUGUACGAACGGGAAAAUGCAUGCAUACGAUUGAUUGGAAAUUAGCCGAAGGUCAUACUGGUGUGGUGCGCUGCCUUCAAGUGGACACAUGGAGAAUCGUUAGCGCAGCCGAUGACAGAACCAUCAAGGUUUGGAAUGUGGACUCCCUCCAACGCCUUUGCACGCUGCAUAGUCACGAAGAUGGCGUGACCUGUGUUCAGUUCAGCGAUAGACAGAUUGUAUCUGCCUCUUUUUAUGUCUACCCUUCAUGGGAAAGAGCGGACGGCGGUCACAUAGGGGUGAGGCAAGUUGCUCGAGCUCGUCAUGUCGAUGCUGGAGAUGCUGAGCCAUCGGCACGGAGUGACGAUGAGGAUUCACAAAGCGGCGAAAAAUCCGACGGGACAUCAUCGGAGUCUGAACAGAAGUACGAGAUGCCAUGCAAAUUGGCGAUGUAUGACUUCAAUCAAUGUGAUCCGAAGCGAUGUUCAGGGAGGAAGUUGUUGCGAGCUGGAUUGAUUAGUGAAGUGCGCCUCGGCAGUCGAUUUCCUGGCCUAGUCCUGAGCCCCACGGGCAAGACGACAUUAGCACCUUCCGAUCGUGAUUUCAUCGACCAGUACGGGUUGGGAGUGGUUGACUGCUCAUGGAAGGAGGUUGAAAGAACACCGCUACAUAAGGUGAAGGCCCCUGAACAUCGCCUUUUACCGUACUUGGUAGCAGCUAAUUCUGUGAAUUACGGACGCCCAUGCCACCUUACAUGCGCUGAGGCCUUGGCUGCAGGUCUUUAUAUUAUUGGUCACGUUCGAGCCGCUGAGGAAUUGAUGAAACAGUUCACAUGGGGACCACAUUUUAUCGAUUUAAAUCGUGAGCUGCUGGACAGCUAUGCGAGUUGUGGUACACAUGAGGAAAUAAUGGAUUGGGAAGACCAAUUCGAAGCAGGUUUCAAGUAUGAACUUCAAACAGAAGGAAUGCGACAAGGAGCAGAAGCUCGGGUCUACAUCUGCACUUAUCUGGGUAGACCAGCAGUCAUGAAAGAGCGCUUUGUUAAAAAAUACCGUCACCCAGAGCUGGAUCGAAGGUUAAAUAAGGCGAGGAUGCGGAAUGAGCUCAAAGGGCUUGUCAGGGCACAGGAGUUAGGAAUUGGAGCACCCGCCGUGUUUUUCAUAGACAGCGAUAAUAACAGAAUAAUAAUGGAGCGAAUAGAAGGUUGUACGGCAAACUCGUGGAUUGAAACACGACGACAGGAAGAGAACGGAUCAGCCCAGUUUGUGGUGGGUGCACUGCAGAAACCCUGGAACUUGGAAAAACUAUUGGUGAAGCCGGUUGGGAAAAUGCACUUUAGUAAUCUGAUACAUGGCGAUCUCACCACUUCCAAUGUUAUUCUGAAAGAUGGCGACUACAAGAGACCCUAUUUCAUUGAUUUCGGAUUAUGUGCUCUUGGAAAGAUUUCACCGGAGGAUAAAGGAGUUGACCUAUACGUUCUGGAAAGAGCAAUGAUCAGUACUCAUAUUGAUUCUGAAGAGAUGUUCAAGAGUGUUCUCGAAGGCUACAAGAGCGUCAAUCAAAAACAAGGGAUGGCAGUUCUGAAUACCGUUGGUUUUCAGAUGAGCGGAGGUAAUGGAGCUCAAAACAAUUGUAAUGAUUCGCCGUCUGGACUUGUCAGUGGAAGAAUGUACCUCACAAAGGUUGCUGGACUGCCAGAAGAAUACAACGUCGACGCUUAUCAUCUCAGCGAUAUUCUUCAAUUAAUUCGCCCUCAUCUCUCGAUCCACUUCAAUUUCAUGAUUGAUCUCGAAUGGCUGAUUAGGCAAUACCCAGUACCAUGCAGAGAUUCUCCAAUUCAUUGUGUAGUAGGUGAGAAAGCGGGCACAGAUAAAAGGUCUCUUUUGAAGGUGAGGAUUUUCGCAAGCCGUGCAGUUUUAUUGUAA